CCAAAAAUUAAAAGAAAAGGUGACUAAUAAAUAAUUAUAAAAGCAUAAAAGAACGACAAUCAAGAACACAAGAACAUUUCAGUGCCUUAUCAAUUUAGAGACAGUAGCCACCCACUUGAUCGCCCAGCCCUUUCUUCCUACAUCCGGAAGUACUUUUCUGGGCCACAAAGAGAGAAACCAAGGAAGAUCCGCUCUAGCACAGGAAGAAGAAGAAAGGUGGAUUAUGUCUAAAGCUUGGAAAGGAGCCUCUGCUGGAUGCAUCAACAGUUGUUCCUCAAUUCCUUCGACUGAGCCUAUGGUACCUAAAUCAAGGCAUGCUACCGUCAACUCCACUUCUCUCCUCUCAGAAAUUCACCUAACCAACCAUAAAUCCCUUCCCCCCUUAAUCCAUGCCUUUUCCGAUUUCAUUGCAAAUAAUCCACAAUACACCAGCACGGAACUAGCUGACCACAUCAGAGAUCAUGACUACUACCACCUCUCCAAGCAUGUAUGCUUCGAUUACAAUGGCUUUGGUCUCUUCUCCCGAGCACAGUUGAGCUCCAAAGCUCGGUUCUCACAUUCACAAUCAUCUUUCUUCAACAUCACCUAUAAGUCGGUGACACUGAAGUCCCAAUUAUGGUACGGAAACCAAGAGACAACACUGGAAUCAGCCAUCAAUAGAAGAGUAAUGGAUUUCCUCAAAAUUUCAGAUGAAGAAUACACCAUGGUUUGUACUGCCAAUAAGACUUCUUCUUUCAGAAUACUGGCAGAAUCCUACCCAUUCCAGUCCAACAAGAAACUCCUUACUGUCUAUGACCAUGAGAGCGAGGCAGUGAGAACGAUGGUGGAGAUUGCAAAGAGGAGAGGAGCAAGAGACGCAUCUGCAGAAUUUUGUUGGCCAAGUAUGAAGAUCCACUCUGGAAAACUCAAACAAAUAGUGAGCACGAGAAACCAGAAAGGUGGACUGUUUGUGUUUUCCCCUCAAUCUCAGAUGACGGGGACUAAGUACGCUUACCAAUGGAUGAGUCUAGCGCAGAAGAAUGGCUGGCAUGUGGUUCUUGAUGCAUGCUCCCUAGGGCCGAAAGAUAUGAACACACUGGGGCUCUCAUUGAUCAAACCAGACUUCAUUGUAUGCUCUUUCUUUAAGAUUUUUGGAGAGGACCCAUCAGGAUUUUCAGGACUCUUAAUCAAAAGAUCCAGCAGAGCGAUUCUGGAGAAGACGACAGCAAAUAGGAGCAUUGGAAUAAUUAGCAUCAUCCCUCAAAAACGGUUGUCUACCUUGGCAUUGCGACCUGAUAAUUUUGUUACAAACAUGGAAACACAGCCUUCAAAUACUUACGUCAAAAGCUUAUUCUCUUAUCCUAGACCAGCUCAAAGUUCUCAAAUUUUGAAAUUGAAGGAUAAAGUUAUAGAAUCAUAUGACGUGAUGAACGAUGAAAAAGAAGCAUUUGGAGAACCAUCAUCCAGGAUAAUGUGCUCGCAGAAAUCAGAAACCAAUGAUGUGAUUGAAUGCAGAUAUUUAGAUCAUGCAGAUUCUGUGGGUCUUCACCUAAUAAGCAGAAGAGUGAGUUGCCUCACAGACUGGCUGGUGAAUGCACUAUUGAAGCUGAAGCAUCCUCUUACAGGAAAUGGAGAACCUCUGGUCAGAAUAUAUGGGUCACAGCAAAAAUUCACUAGAGGACCUGCACUUGCUAUUAAUUUGUUUGACUGGAAAGGCCAGAAGAUCGAACCAAGACUCGUACAAAAGCUUGCUGAUAGGAGCAAUAUCUCAAUAAGCUGUGGUUUAUUAAGGAACAUCUGUUUCUUAGAUAGAUAUGAAGAGGAUAAGAGUGUAAUCUGGGGGAAAAGACUCCAUAAACCAACUACAAAUGAACAAGAGAGGACUGAUCUGGGAAUUACUGUGGUCAAUGUGACACUCAAUUUCCUGAACAAUUUUGAGGAUACUUACAGACUCUGGUCUUUCAUUGCCAAGUUCCUGGAUGCAGAUUUUAUUGAAAAGGAAAGAUGGAGAUAUAUUGCGCUUAACCAAACAAUGAUUGAAUUUUAGAACAGGUAAAUGAUUGUGAAUUAUGGUUAAGUGACGUAUAUGAAAAUAUGAUCUGUUUCUAAUCUUGAGAACAUGCUUAAUGAUGUAUAUUAUUUUAUGCUUAAAUGUCUGAUAGAGGCAUAGCAAGUUUUUAUUCAA